AUGGACUUCUUGCUGAGUGGCCUGGCAGCGUGCGGAGCCUGUGUGUUCACCAACCCCCUGGAGGUGGUGAAGACCAGGAUGCAGUUGCAGGGAGAGCUGCAGGCCCCAGGCAGCUACCAGCGGCACUACCGAAAUGUCUUCCAUGCGUUCAUCACUAUCGGCAAAGUGGAUGGCCUGGCCGCCCUGCAGAAGGGCCUGGCCCCUGCCCUCAUAUACCAGUUCUUGAUGAAUGGCAUCCGACUGGGCACGUAUGGGCUGGCUGAGUCUCGGGGCUACUUGCACACGGCAGAAGGCACUCACAGCCCUGCCCGCAGCGCAGCAGCUGGGGCGCUGGCUGGGGUCCUGGGAGCCUACUUGGGGAGCCCCAUCUAUAUGGUGAAGACACACCUACAGGCCCAGGCAGCCUCAGAAAUUGCAGUAGGAUACCAGUAUAAGCAUCAGGGCAUGUUUCAGGCGCUAACCCAGAUUGGCCAGAAACAUGGUCUGGUGGGGUUGUGGCGCGGGUCCUUGGGCUGCCUGCCCCGAGUUAUCGUCGGUUCCUCCACCCAGCUGUGCACCUUUUCAUCCACCAAGGACCUCAUAACCCAGUGGGAGGUGUUUCCUUCCCAGAGCUGGAAGGCGGCUCUGGCGGCGGCCAUGGUGAGUGGCAUUGUGGUGGUCCUGGCCAUGACACCCUUUGACGUGGCCAGUACAAGACUCUACAACCAGCCCACAGAUGCUGGGGGCAAGGGUCUCAUAUACCGGGGGAUACUGGAUGCUCUGCUGCAGACAGCUCGGACGGAGGGCAUUUUUGGCAUGUACAAGGGCAUAGGUGCCUCCUACUUCCGCCUGGGCCCCCACACCAUCCUCUCCCUCUUCUUCUGGGAUCAGCUGCGCUCCAUCUACUACAAGUACACCAAAUAACAGCCACUCCCCCACCUCCACCAAUCAGCACUCCUUGGACACUUCUGCCUCCACGAUUAGGUCCUGGGGACUUCUGACCAGGUGACCUUUCAUCUGUUGAGGGGGACAACCAACCCCACUCCCUGUCUGUUCUCUCAGGGUUGAAUCACUACAAGGGAUAGUUUCCCUCCCUUUCUCCUCGGGUGUUGUGGCUUCCCUCCCCACCCCUUGUACACUUUACACCCCACUCUCAGGGCUGAGCCAGUCACUCCAAAGUGUUAUUUCCUCCUUCUUGCACUGCUGGCCUU